AUGGAAUAUUAUAAAAAAAAAGUUUGGAUAGUAGACUUCGCAGUCACCAAUGACAAUAAUAUAGAGUCAACCUCCAGAAACAAGGUAGAGAAAUAUAGGGAGCUAGCUCAGAACCUCAAAGAGCAAUGGGGCCUCGCACAAAGGUUUGCGGUAAGGCGGAUUUGUGUACUGUAUAAACAUUUUAGAGGCACUAGUCCAGAUACCCACAUAAAAUUAGGUUUCAUCAUAGGGUCCAUUCCAUCGAAUUCCAGCUCAGCAGCAGAUGGUGGUCUGUUGGCUUCCGGUACUGGGGCCGCUGGUUCAUCGUCAGCAUUGGGGAGAUCAGAAGACGUCGACCAUAUUCCUUCAUGUUGGAGUAUGAAAGCAUUAGCAUCAUUGAGAGAUGAUGCCAUGUUCACCGCAUGGCGACUGAUAAUGAGAAAAUAA